GGGUUAAAAACGAGUAUUCGGAAUGAGUACUCGGCCGACUUGAUGAUUUUCAGAACACUGCUCACAAGUAACAUCGCGGGAAGUCAUUGUUAUAUUAAUAAUUCAAGGUCUGAGUUGAUAGAUGCUAGAUAUUAGAGCUAGAGUGCCAAGACAACCCACAACUCACAUCAUGCUACGUAAAUGUUAUAUUAAUGAUAUGUCAAGGUCUGGGUUGAAAAAUAUUGUUAUGUUGAUGUCUGAGUUAACGAAUCUUAUACGCUGGAUGUUAUCACUAUGUAUAUAUAUAUGCUGGAUGUUACUAAAUUGUAAAGCACUAAAGAGGAGAUUUAGAAUUAUGACAGAAACAGAUCAUUUUCUCCUUCACAAAAAACUUGAAGGCAAAGUAGCCAUAAUCACAGGUGGUGCAAGCGGAAUAGGCGAGGCCACGGCUCGCCUAUUCGCUCAACACGGGGCACGAGCCAUUGUGAUAGCCGACAUCCAAGAUGCAUUAGGCCAGAGCGUAGCUGAAUCUAUUGGUCACGGACAAUGCACGUACGUGCAUUGUGAUGUGGCCGAUGAAGGCCAAGUGAAAGGCCUAAUAGACUCGACAGUCGAAGCAUUUGGGAACCUUGAUAUCAUGUUUAGCAAUGCUGGAGUUGGCAAAACAGGGGACUUGCGCCAGAGCAUUCUUGAUUUGAAUCUGGAUGCCAGUGACCGCCUCUUUGCAAUCAACACGCGUGGUAUGGCAGCUUGUGUGAAGCAUGCAGCGCGCGCCAUGGUGGAAGGGAGCGUCAAAGGAGGGAGCAUAGUGUGCACCGGGAGUCUAGCAGCGUCUACUGGGGUGGAGCAGUUUAUUGACUAUGCAAUGUGCAAGCACGCGGUUUUGGGGCUAGUAAGGUGUGCAAGUAAAGGGCUGGGAGAGUAUGGGAUACGCGUCAAUUGUGUAUCGCCAGGGGGUGUGGCCACUCCGCUUACCUGCAAUGAAUUGCUUGCCUGCAAUGAAAUGACACUUAGCGUGGAAGAGUGUGAGAAAUUUCUAGAGGGCAUCAUGGGCUUAAAAGGCUUUGGAGCAACAAAGACAAAGGAUAUAGCUAAUGCUGUUUUAUUUCUGGCUUCUCAAGAUUCUCAGUUUAUCACUGGACAAAAUCUGAUUGUGGAUGGCGGAACCAAGCUGCCAUAAUAAGAAUAAUGCAUUUGUUUUCUUCGCCUAAUGCUUGAAAUGUGUCAAGUUUAUUUUGAUUGUCUGCAGUCUGUAACUUUGUGAACUCACAGUGCUAAUAAAAUUGGUUGUUUUCUUGUUGCAUUA